UGGAGGCCGGCCCCCGGUUGCUAGGGAGGCCAUAUUGGACCGGGGUGAAGUGGGAGCAAAAUCAAGCGCGAAAGUAAAAGAGCCGGAGCAGCUUUUUGUUGUUUGUCAUCUACAAUCUCGCACCAUCCUCCCUUAAAAUGGCAGAUGAGAGAGAAGCAGGUGACCAUGAUACUUCUACAGAGAACGUGAAUGAAGAUGCUAACCAUGAUCCCCACUUUGAACCAAUAGUCUCUCUCCCUGAGCAAGAGGUGAAAACAUUGGAAGAAGAUGAAGAAGAACUUUUCAGGAUGCGUGCAAAACUCUUUAGGUAUGCCUCUGAGAAUGAUCCCCCUGAAUGGAAAGAACGAGGAACUGGGGAUGUGAAGUUGCUGAAACACAAGGAAAGGGGAACAAUUCGCCUCCUGAUGAGAAGAGAUAAAACUCUGAAAAUCUGUGCAAACCAUUAUCUUACACCUUCCAUGGAGCUAAGGCCUAAUGUUGGUAGUGAUCGGGCAUGGGUGUGGAAUGCUCCCGCUGACUUUGCAGAUGAAGAACCCAAACCUGAGCUUCUGGCAAUCCGAUUCUUGAAUAAGGAAAAUGCACAGAAGUUUAAGGCAAAGUUUGAAGAAUGCAAAGAGAAGAUGAAGCUAAAGGGUAACAAUGAAAGUGCAGAUAAAGUUGCCGAAAAGCUAGAAGAAUUGUCCGUUAAGGAGGAUAACAAAGAAUCUACCAAAGAGGAAGAAAGUGAGAAGAAGGAAGGGACCAGUGAAAAAACUGAAGCAAAUUAAUUAAUCCUGGUCCUUGUUUUCCCUUUCCUUUUUUUUUUACAGCAGACUGUAAUGAACUGGGUUUGGACACAGAUGAGCCCUUUACCAGGCUCUUGCCCUGUGGUCCCAAAUUGGUUAUGAAGACACAGUACCUUCACAGAAAGUCAUUCCUCAGUCAUCAACCACCAUUAAUGUGCUAAUGUAUUCCUCGGUGAAAAAUUCUUGGAGUGUUAACUACUGCCUUAUCUAUUUACAGUCUUCUGAGAGGAUAAUUUAAAUCUAUUGCUUUAAUUCCUGAAAAUUGGUGAUCAUAACAUGCUUUACAGUGUAUGACUGACUUUUAAAAAAAAUAAUAAUUUUGUUUUGUGAAUGAGACUUAAUGUCAGAAUUCCCGCAUCGGGUAGCAGAUGGUUUAUAACCAAAUAAAAUUCAGUUAAGUUGUACAUGGGAAAAAAAAGAACUCUUUAGGUUUUUUUAUUAUUAUUUUUGCCCUGUAAUGGUUCUGGGCCAAGUAUGCCACCAAUGUUGUAAGAGUACAUUUAAGAUUUUUUAAAUUUUUACUCAAGUUUUUUUUUGUUCCCCAUCUAAAUUGGUUAACUGACAGAUUACACAAUAGAAAGAUUAGUGGCAAGUUCAUUUCGAUAUAGUUUUGUAUCCUGAGAACUAGAAGAGAACCUUAGAUAUUUCCCUCAUAAUUUAACCGUGCUUGGAUAGAGUAUCCCAAUGAGAGAAUGGUGAAGCUGCAGGAAACUAUUACCGUGCCAACAUCUUUUGGAGUUUUUUUUUUGCUGAGUGACAUCCCAAGGGAGAAAAAAAUUGUAAACUAGUACAAGUCCAAUGCUAUCAUAUCUUAAAAACUGACACCAAAUCUUGUCUGAUGGUAAUAAUAUAAUGCACGAGUAAUGUAAGUGAAGAGGAGUGAUGCUGAUAGUUUCAGUGGCCAACUUUAUUUUCCUGCUGUUGGUACAUAGCAAAAUCUAUAAUACUAGCCAUACAAUUGGCAUGCACAUCAUUAGUAACACAAGCUUUACCUACAGAAAAGAUUGUUCAAUUUGAAAGAGCUUGUUCUGAUAAGUAUGCAUUUGCUUGCCAUGAACCACAAACAUUUGUGUAUAAUCCUGUUACUGCUGGAAUGAACAAACCAUCUUAAUCUACUGUUUUGUAAUGGGGAAACUUAUAAAUUGUUGAAAAUUGAUACUCGUUAGGAAAUUUGCAAUAAAGGUUUUUGCGAACA